GUGUGUAGCUAUUUCACACCAGCAGCAAUUAAGCCUCACUCUUUCUCUCUCUCUCUCUCUCUCUCCUCCUUUCUCCUCACUUUCUCUGUUUUUACUCCCUUUUUCUCGACUAGAUCUUCACUUUCUCGGUAUCCAAACAAGACAAGCAGAAUCAGAAGGCGUAGUGUACGUGUACAUUCCUAUUACGUUCCCGUUUCCCUGGAUCUUUGCCGCAUUUCUUGGAUCUGCAGUCGGAGCUACCCGCAUUGUGUUUUCGUUUCUCUCUCCUAGGGUUUUGGCACUGAGUACGGCUCUUUAUAGUCAUGCUGACUUCUGCUUAGCUUCCGAGGGGUUCGCCGGCGGCUAGUUGAUUCACUUCUAACCUAGGUGCCUCCGGCGAGGUUCACGUGUUGCAAAGUGCUCUCGGUUUCUGACCAUGGUCUUUGGGUUCUGGUUCGGGGGGAGAAGAUGCCUGCUUUAACUCUUCUUCUUUUGUUUCUUGCUCACUUACUCGGUGCGGUCUCCUUCUCCAAUUCGUUUUCAGGACAUCAAUUGUUGCAUAUAUACUUGUCUCCUUCUUCACAACCAAACCAAUGGUCAACAACAAGGAGAACUAUAGCGGAUGAUGCAACAUUGAACUCAAUGAGCUUUUUAUUUUCACAAAAAAGAUCUCUCUUGAAAGGUGCUUUUAACCCUUCUUUUGCACCCUCAACUUUACCUGCACCUGCACCUGCACCUUCUCCGAUUCAUCAAGCCUCUGUUGCUGGCCCUCGCAGACAUCCUGUACCACGAAAUCGUCAUCGUCAUCAUCGUCAUCAUCAUCUUCCUGCAAGAGCUCCUGCAGUUGCUCCAUCACCUUCAAACCAAGGUUGCAAUCAAAUUUGCGAGGAGCCACUAACUGCAACUCCCUUUGGUGGUUCAACUUGUGGUUGUGUAUUCCCUAUGAAAGUCAAACUACUUCUAGACAUAGCUCCCUAUACUAUUUUCCCUGUAAUGAGUGAGCUAGAGAUUGAGAUUGCUACAGGCACUUAUUUGCAACAGAGUCAAGUGAAAAUAAUGGGUGCUAGUGCUGAUAGUCAAAAUCAGGGAAGAACAGUGGUUGAUAUUAACUUGGUUCCACUUGGAGAUAAGUUUGAUAAUACAACUGCAAUGCUUACGUAUGACCGAUUUAUGCAUGAGAGAGUCCAUCUAAAUACAACUCUUUUUGGUAAUUAUAAAGUGAUAUCCAUUAGUUAUCCAGGAAUUCCUUCUUCACCACCGUAUGGGAGUUUCGUGGGAAGUGGUCCUAGUGGGAGUACUGGAGAUCUCCCAGUCACGGCUAAUUUUGUUAACAAGAAUCAGAAGAUGAAUCUUAGGAUCAUUGCCAUUAUUGCUUUGUCUGCAUUUGUACUGAUAUUGGUUUUAAUUGGGUCAAUCUCUGUAUUUAUAAAGUGGAGGAAGGUUGGGAGACCGUCAAAUGCUGUUGGUCCAGCUGUUGCAUCGUCUCUAAACAAGCGAUCUGGUGGCAUUGGUUCUAUUUUGUCAAGUAGUAUAGCAAGCUCUACAUCGGUAUCACUCAUUUCCACCAUGCCCCCUUCUGUUCUUUCGGUUAAGACAUUUGCACUUGCUGAGCUUGAGAAGGCAACAGAGGGAUUCAGCUCAGAGAGGAUUCUGGGUGAAGGAGGCUUUGGACGUGUUUACCGUGGUAUGCUAGAAGAUGGAAGUGAGGUUGCUGUUAAAUUACUUACAAGAGAUAAUCAGAAUGGAGACCGUGAAUUUAUAGCAGAAGUUGAGAUGCUAAGCCGCCUGCACCACCGUAAUCUUGUAAAACUCUUUGGUAUAUGCAUUGAAGGACGCAAACGCUGCUUGGUAUAUGAACUAGUUCCUAACGGCAGUGUUGAAUCUCACUUGCAUGGUGUUGACAAGAAGAAAGGGCCUCUUGAUUGGGAUACACGCCUGAAGAUUGCCCUUGGAGCAGCAAGAGCUUUGGCCUACCUUCAUGAAGAUUCUAACCCACGAGUGAUCCACCGAGAUUUUAAGGCGAGUAAUGUUUUAUUAGAAGAUGACUUCACCCCCAAGGUCUCAGAUUUUGGGUUGGCAAGAGAAGCUACUGAAGGAAGUCAGCAUGUUUCUACCCGGGUGAUGGGAACUUUUGGGUAUGUUGCUCCUGAGUAUGCAAUGACAGGGCAUCUACUUGUUAAGAGUGAUGUCUAUAGUUAUGGGGUUGUGCUCCUCGAGCUUCUGACUGGUAGAAAACCUGUUGACAUGUCACAGUCUCCUGGACAAGAAAAUCUUGUAACUUGGGCACGGCCUCUGCUGACCAGUAGAGAAGGUGUGGAGCAGUUGGUGGAUCCCUUCCUGGCUGAAACCUAUGACUUUGAUGACUUAGCUAAGGUGGCAGCCAUUGCUUCCAUGUGCGUUCACCCAGAGGUAACUCACCGGCCAUUUAUGGGUGAAGUUGUUCAGGCCUUGAAGCUGAUAUACAAUGACACAGAUGAAACUUGUGGUGAUUGCUGUAGUCAGAAAGGGUCAUCCGUUCCAGACUCUGAUUUCAAAGGUGAUCUUGCCCCUUCUGAAAGCAGUUGGUGGAAUGCUGAAGGAGUCACCCCUCGCCUAACUUAUGGCCAGGCCUCUUCCUUUAUCACAAUGGAUUACAGUUCAGGUCCGCUUGAAGAAAUGGAAAACAGACCGUUUUCCACUUCAAGUUUUAUUGGAGGUGGAGUUUCUUUACCAGUUAGGCAUGGCAAUCGAUCAGGUCCCCUGACAACAAUCCGAAGCAAGCCAAGCCUAUAUAGAUUGAGAGGGGGGAGCAUGAGUGAGCAUGGGGUACUCCUGCCAAAGCGAAUUUGGAGUGAUUCACAUUGGGUUUGAGGUUAAUUUCUUCAAAUUUUAAUUUUUGAAUUGUACAGUUUGGGAGGACCGAGGCUUUUCAGAAAGCGGUCAAUUGAUAUUUGUGUAGGUGCUUCGGCCUUCCGGGAUUCUGCUGUUAAUGUUUGAAGAGUGAGCUGACUCGGCUUCUUGUUCCUAAAGUCCUGAUUCAUUAGCAUACAAAGUGUGCCAAAUGGAGAUGUAAGUUGAAUACUUCUGUAUUAUAUCUGAAAUUUUAUAUUCUUAUGGUUCAAUGCAAUUUCA